UUCUAUUUACUCACAAUACCUUCUCUCUCUCAUCUCUACGCAUGUAUAAAAUCAUUACCAUCUCUCGUUAACUCUCACAGCGGAACCAGGAAGAAGAAACCAAACAACCAACGAAUCACUGCUUCCAUAUCCGCCUCCAGAUUAUUCACUUCAAAAGGUCGGCAACGAGGUUUUGAUAGUAUCGAUUAAGUUAAACCUUCCUACAGAUUAUAAAGAUGUCGUUGACAAGGAAAACUAUCCGUCGAAGAACUCAAAAGUACACACCAUCACAUUUGAGAAGAAAAUUUGGGCUUCUUGUAAGGCACAAGAAUUGUAUGAAGCGCGCACAAGCCUAUCUCCAAAAUUUGCAGACUAUGCUUAAAUUUCUAAAGCUAAAUGCCUACCUGGAUGAGCUAAAUGACAAGACUGAUGUGAUACUUGCCGAGAUGCAAGAGAUAAAAGCCGAACAAGAAGAGUUGAACGAUGAAGAGGAAGAGGUAAUUGCCGAACUGGAAACCACGGAAAACGAAAUAAAAGAAUUAGAAAAAACAUUUGAAGAUAUGUUGCAGAAACACAUGGAAGAGGCAAUUGCUAGGGACCUGAUGAAUUUACCUGAGGAUAGAGCCCUUACAGAAACUCAAGAAAAUGGCAGCUCGUAGACAUUGAAUAGACAUAUGGUUGGAGCAAAUCGACACACACACACAUAUAUGAACAUUAUAUUUGCUCAUGCAAAUUAACGAUUGGAAUUAUAGGAGCAAGUAAUAAUUUAGAAUGAAAUAUUAUCUUGCGUGAUUUGAACUGUUAUUUUUAUCUUUGUUAUUUGUUAUUUCUAGUGCUGUGAAGUGUUAUUCCUCAACAAUAUUUAUUAAUUUAUGGGAACUUAAGUUUCAAUUUU